ACCAUCACGUGACCCCGUAAUACAGAGGCGCCGCAAGGUUCACUCAUCAUACUAGCCGUCCGAUUAAAUUCCUCGUCAUUGAUCCUCGUCAAACAAGGAUUCAACGGUCCAGAUCAUACGUUACGUUGAGCUACUCCGAAGAACGAAGAACCCCCUCUACUCCCCUCCUUCCGCUCAUCAUCAUCUAUCUCCUGCAAUUUUGAAGAGAAUUUUGCUGUGAAUUAUCUUCAAAGAUGAAGAUGUUGAUCGAAGAAGAGUUGGAGUUUGAAGGUGACGAUAAUAUUGAAGCAAUUGUUGUUGAUGAUACUGUAGAAAUUGAUGGUGAAGUUGAAGUUGAAGAGGAUGACGGUGAAGACGAAGAUGAUGAUGAUGGUGAGGAAGAGGAGGAAGAAGAAGAUGACGAUGACGUGCAGGAGGUUUUUCAGACAUCAGGCGGUGGUCCACCGGCUGCGCCGGUAGAAGUUGAAGAUGACGACGAGGAUGACGAAGAGGAUGAAGAUGAUGAUGGAGAUGACGACGACGAUGACGGUGAAGAUAGCGACGACGACGACGAUGAGGAAGAAGAUGAACCAGAGGAGGAGGAUAUGGGAACUGAAUACUUGAUUCGACCCGUGGCCAAUCCAGAAGACGAGGAAGAUGCUAGUGAUUUUGAGCCAGAAGAGAAUGGCGUCGAUGAAGAACUUGAAGAAGAGGACGAGGAGGACGAUGAUGAUGGUGGGAAAGUGGAAGCCCCACCAAAGCGAAAGAGGUCCAGCAAAGACGACUCUGAUGAUGAUGAUGACGAUGAUGAUGGCAAGGAUGACGACAGACCAUCCAAGCGAUGAGAGGUUGGCAAGAAAUCAUCAAUACAUAGGUCCAACUCUCUCUCUCUCUCUAUAGCUUUAUGUUACAAUUAUUCCAUGGGUAGAAAUGGUUCAUCAUUGUGUUGUUUACUACUAUUACUACUACUACUACCACCAUUUCAUGCAGUUAUAUGAAGAAUGGUAAAGUUUUAGGAAGUUAAAGAAAGUAUGGUACUUGUGAUGUUGGAUUUGUAAGUUAUGACAGUUCUUUUUAGAUGUUUUAGAAGAUGAGAGAUGUUUUGUUGUUGGUAUGUAUGAUUGGAUAAUCUGAAGUGCAUUUUAGCAUAUGGAUUUUGUGAAGAAAUUGUUGGUUCUUGU